GUCAUCGCCACCGCGUGUCAACACAGCCGUCUGGCAGAGUCAUAUGUAUAUCACAAACGCAUAAGAUCACCAUAUCAUCUAACUGUUUUUUAAGCCCAUUGUAUAAUAAUAAUGAUAAUAAAGAUUUAUACAGGUAGUUUUAUAUGAACAACUGCAUGAACAAACAAACAAAAGAUUGUGCGGUUUAAUUCCUACCACGCCUUCAAGUAGAGUCUACUUAGUUUUAGACCUGCCGAUCACUUCUGGAUCAGGCAAUGCUAAAUGACUGAGAAAAGUAUGGCCAAACCGCUAACCGGCAAGGUUGCCAUAGUAACAGGAGCUACCAGAGGCAUUGGUAAAGGGAUUGCCCUCCAGCUGGCAAAGGCAGGGGCUGUGGUAUAUAUCACUGGUCGUACCUUGAAGCCAAGGCCAGAUUUUCCAGGAUGUUCACUGGAAGAGGUGUCCAAAGAGAUAUCAGAGAACAGUGGACAGUGUAUACCAAUACAGUGUGACCACAGUAAAGAUGAAGAUAUUAAAGCUCUCUUUGACCGAGUUAAAGAGGAGCAGAAGGGAAAACUGGACAUACUGGUCAACAAUGCUUACUCAGGUGCAAAGGCUAUAACUGAUAAUAAUGGAAAGCCAUUCUGGGAGCAACCAACCACAAUUUGGGAUGAAAUGAACAAUGUUGGACUUAGAAAUCACUACAUAUGCUCUGUGUAUGCCAGCCAGAUGAUGGUGCCAAGAAAACAAGGGCUAAUAGUGAAUAUAUCCUCACUUGGAGGCCUGGCCUACAUGAUGAAUGUUUCAUAUGGAGUUGGCAAGGAAGCAUGUGACCGCAUGGCAGCAGAUUGUGCCAUAGAGCUGAAGAAGCACAAUGUUGCCUUUUUGAGUAUCUGGCCAGGAGCAGUUCUGACGGAAUUCACAGAGCAGAUGAUGGAAGGAGACCAUUCAGAUAAAGGUGAUAGUCCCGGGGUAUCCAAAGAAAUGGUAGCAAGACUGUUUGCAAAUGCAGAAAGCCCACAGUAUGUUGGAAUGUGCAUUGCCAAGCUAGCAGCAGGUAUGUCAGAAAUCAGGUUUGAGGUGGCCUUUUCGUAG